GUUGCAUAUGAGUAAACUUUUUCUUACAGGUGCAAAUCCUAAAAGAUAUAACCUGACGAGCAAGUGAGGAAAGGAACCUGCUCAACUCAAAGAACAGAGUGUUCUGGCAGUCCCUGCAUGAUAGAGAGGGCCUGCAAGCAGACGGCACAGAGCUGUUUACCCUGAGGAAGCGAGUGUGUGUGCUGGAAAGCGCUGACCCUUCUAAUGGAUCGCAUGGAGCUGCAAAAAGUCAACAUUGAUCCUGAUGACCAGAGCAACAGCGGGGAAAGCCUCGAAGACAACUACACAGAGCAGACUGAUUCCGGAAAGGCUGCAAUCGGGAGUCCCUUUGCUAGUGAUGAUGCAGAAAGUCAGAAGUUCCUUACAAAUGGAUAUCUGGAUAAAAAGAAAUUAGAAGACUAUAAUGAAGAAUGUCACAGGGGUAGAACUUCCUUUGGAAUGUCCUCGUUCAACCUCAGCAAUGCCAUUAUGGGCAGCGGCAUCUUAGGGCUCUCCUACGCCAUGGCCAACACAGGAAUUAUCCUUUUCAUAGUUUUGCUGCUCAGCGUAGCAAUAUUGUCACUCUACUCAGUCCACCUUUUACUGAAGAUAUCAAAAGAAGGAGGAUCAUUAAUAUAUGAAAAACUGGGAGCGAAGGCAUUUGGCUGGCCAGGGAAGUGCAGUGUUUUCAUUGCAGUCACAAUGCAGAAUAUUGGAGCAAUGUCAAGCUACCUCUUUAUUAUUAAAUAUGAACUUCCUGAAGUCAUCAGAGCAUUUAUGAAUCUUGAGGAGAAUUCUGGAGAAUGGUACAUUAAUGGGAACUACCUCGUCAUACUUGUAACAGUUGUGGUUAUUCUUCCCCUCUCCCUUCUAAAAACUUUAGGUUAUCUUGGUUAUACGAGUGGGUUUUCGCUGACCUGUAUGGUUUUCUUUGUCAGUGUGGUGAUCUUCAAGAAAUCCCAGAUACCCUGUCCUCUUCCCAUCAUGGACCACGGAGUUGAAAACUGGACCACCACCAAUAACACAGUGCCAAUGCACCUGGUCAUGUUAUCAAAUGAGUCACUUGGUUCUGGUGUGAAUUUCAUGAUGGACAACACAGCUGGGCACUUCCCAGGCCUUGAGGAGCCAAAAGAUACGUCCCCGAAAAGUGGUGUAGAAUACGAAGCACACAGCGACAAUAGUGACAAGUGCCAGCCAAAAUACUUUGUGUUCAACUCACGGACUGCCUAUGCAAUACCCAUCCUGGCAUUUGCAUUCGUAUGCCACCCUGAGGUGCUACCAAUAUACAGUGAACUCAAAGAUCGCUCCCGAAAGCGGAUGCAGAAUGUCUCAAAUAUCUCCAUCACUGGCAUGCUCAUCAUGUAUCUUCUGGCUGCCCUCUUUGGAUACCUUACCUUCUAUGGAGAAGUUGAAGAUGAGCUACUUCAUACAUACACUAAAGUGUACACCUUUGACAGCCUUUUGCUGUCAGUUCGCCUGGCGGUACUGGUGGCUGUAACCCUGACUGUGCCCCUUGUCCUUUUCCCUAUCCGUUCAUCUAUCAGUGCAUUGCUGUUUCCCAAAAGGCCAUUCAGCUGGAUAAGACAUUUCCUGAUUGCAGCAGUAAUUUUGGCUUUUAAUAAUCUGCUUGUCAUUUUUGUCCCAACUAUUAAAGACAUUUUUGGAUUUAUAGGAGCCUCUUCGGCUACAAUGUUGAUUUUCAUCCUCCCUGGUGCCUUCUACCUGCGAAUUGUUAAGAAGGAACCCAUGAGGUCUCCCCAGAAGAUUGGGGCUCUAAUUUUCCUCAUAGUUGGCAUAAUCUUCAUGGUUGUGAGUAUGACUCUUAUUGUAAUGGACUGGAUUUACAAUCCCCCAAGUUCAAGACAUCAUUAACCUGUGAAGACAACCAAGUGCUUUUUAUAAUAUAUAAAUAUUCAUAUUGUGUGCUCUGAAGAACAUCUAAAUGGGAUUGUUCCUAGCUAGUAACUGCAAUACUUUGAAGACAGUUUCUGGUAAGGUUACAAGAACCCAAUGGAGUCUAUAUGAUCCUUGUCAAUAAGGAUUGUUAUUUAUGCAUUAGGAAUCUGAGCUUAGCAUUUCUGGCCAGGUGAAAUGAAAAGUGUGGUGUGAAAGCUUUGUAUUUUCAAAACCAAAAUAACUUUGUACAUAGUCCUCAAAAAUAGUUUGGUGUCACCCCUUUCAAAAUCUCCCGUGAUAGUAACCACAGUUCCUAGAGCCUUGGAGAGGUAAUGGCCAGAAAACCAGCCAGUGCCUUGUUUUUGAUUUGAAGAUUGUGAGAGUGGCUGCCCAGGUCCAAGAGAAAGGGUAUGAUUUCUGGAGGGGAUCUGGAAGGUGAUUCCUCCCUGCCUGAUAGGCUGACCUGCCUAUCAGAAAGACAACAGCUUUGACAAGCCAGUAGAAAAAGCUGAGUGUUAGAUUUGUUGCCCAGAUUCGCUGCUCAGCUGUUGUACAGAAUAAAGCUCUCUGACACAUUCUCUGUUUGGGCAUGUGCUUGAAGAACAGUAGAGUAUUGUCAUUUUGUUUUUAAAGAUGCCUGUGCUGGAAAUAUCAGUCAAUUCUGCUGUAGGAUUUUUUGUUCUUUAAUUUUUAAUUAUUGUGUGAGCUUACACCACUGAACAAGUUGUAUCCUUCAUAAAAACUUGUCUUCCACUCACAGGAAUUUAAGGAGACCACAAGGUGUGACAAAGCACCCUAUCCAGUAUUGUUCAGCACUUGCGUAUUUGAUAAAUGUUCAGUGCAGGAAACUGUAAUUUGCUAUAUAUAAAAAUGUAUGUAUUUAUGUACAUAAUUUUUUGUUUUCCUCUAGUCAUAAAAAUGUUACCCUGUGGUAUAUGAUUUUUGAUUUUUUUUUUUUAUGUGUCACUCUGUUUUCGUAACCACACACUUAAUAUUGUUUUGAAGGAAAUAUAUUGAAUUGGUGAAUUUGUAAAAGGUUCAUUUUAUUUCACCAGUCGUUGAAACAUACCUGUAGCAAGCACUAACUGCUACCUGUGUAAAAACACAUUCAUAUGUUUACUAGUUACGUUAUAAUAAAUUUCAAGAUGUUUUCCUCUUGAGAAUUUUUAA